UUUGUUAAUUAGAUUACCACACUGAUUCCUGCCUCUUGUCUUCAAUGCACAUCAGCAGCCGGUUUAACCACACUCUUAAAGACUGCUUUUACUCCUUUCACAUAUCUAACAUAUGAAGUAUAAGUUGCUCCAAUAGGUGAGGGGGGAAACCUGGUAAUUCUGCAGAGAAUGGACAUCCUGACAACAGGUUUACUUACAUUAGUUUGGUGGAUAAAUCUCAGUAAUGUGCAUGCAAAUGAAAGGAUCUACUCUGACAACAUCACGAGAAUUCUGGAUCGACUUUUGGAUGGUUAUGACAACAGACUGCGGCCUGGAUCUGGAGGGGGUGUUACGGAGGUGAAAACAGACAUCUUUGUCACCAGUUUUGGGCCUGUUUCAGAUGUUGAAAUGGACUACACCAUGGACAUGUUCUUCCGUCAGAUGUGGGUGGAUGAACGGCUGAAAUUUGAGGGCCCAAUUGAAAUCCUUCGUCUGAACAAUCGCAUGGUGGACAAGAUCUGGACACCAGACACAUUCUUCAGAAAUUCUAAGAAGUCCAUUUCACAUAACAUGACCACACCCAACAAGCUGUUUCGCAUCAUGCAAAACGGGACCAUCCUCUACACCAUGAGACUGACAAUCAGUGCAGACUGUCCCAUGAGCCUGAUGGACUUCCCCAUGGACGGCCAUUCCUGUCCUCUCCGGUUUGGAAGCUUCGCCUACACCAGCAGUGAAAUUGUGUUCACCUGGAGAAAGGGGCCAAUGAUGUCUGUCGAGUGUCCCAAAGAGUCCAUGAGCCUCUUGCAAUAUGACCUGGUGGGACAGACUGUGUCCAGUGAGACUUUCAAAUCAAACACAGGUCGUUACUCGGUGCAGGUCGUUCAUUUCCACCUCCAGAGGAAGCUCGGCUAUUACCUCAUACAGACCUACAUUCCCCUCAUCAUGGUUGUUGUGCUGUCGCAAGUGUCCUUCUGGAUCAAUAAGGAAUCGGUUCCUGCACGCACCGUUGCUGGUGCCACCACGGUCCUCACCAUGACAACCUUAAGCAUCAGCGCCCGUCAGUCACUGCCUAUGGCCUAUGCCACGGCCAUGGAUUGGUUCAUCGCCGUGUGUUUCGCCUUCGUGGCGUCAGCGCUGGUUGAGUUUGCGGCGGUGAACUACUUUGCCACCCUGCAGGCUCAUCGUCUAAAGAAACAGAAAGCCAGACAGGACAGACUGGAGGUGCUGGCUUCCGGCAGCGACGAUGACGACACGAUCUCUCACUCAGACAUCAGCCACCAGGAAGGUCUGAAGAGGAGGAACCACUCAAUGUGUGACAGCGAGCCGGGCAAUGUUCCGCCCCUGCUGAUUUUCCUCCAGCAGGGUUCGGCUUUUCCCCAAAUCCCACAACUAGCCGGCACCAGCCCCAUUGACAAAUACGCUCGUGUCCUCUUCCCUCUUAGUUUUGCACUCUUCAACCUGGUCUACUGGUACAUCUACCUGGCUACGGACACAAUGGAACAGUUCAGGGACACAAAACCGACCUCUUAAAAACAAGCCGACCUGGAAAGGGCACCGGAAAGACCUUGAGAGUUUCCGGUCAGACUCGCACAUCGACUCAUCAAUCUGUUGAAUGAGCUUCCACUCCCAUCUGACAGAGGAAAUGAAUCACAAACUCAUUUAUUCUCCUGCAGCAUAUCUGUUCAUUUUACAA